UCGUUUCUCUGUCAUAUUUAUGUUGGCGUAAACAUUAGAGUGAUAAGAGAAACUGAAAAAAUGGUGUCGUCCAUGGAGUUGCUAAGGCUUGCAAAUUGGGUCAUGAACCAGGUGCUUGUUAAAUCAUGUUAUGGAGUAGCAAGGAAAAUUAAAAGCCACGGUUUUGAUUGGGGUGAUCUUUCAUAUAAAGCAUUGCAACAACCUUCCUCGUUCUCUGAUAUUGUCAAGUGUGAUUUGGAGGGUAGAGGGUCUCAAACCCUUGCUUGUGACUUCCACAAAGUCCUCUUAAGGACACGUUCCUUCUUUCCCUAUUUCAUGCUGGUUGCCUUUGAAGGUGGAAGCAUCUUCAGGGCAUUUCUCUUGCUUUGUUCAUGUCCUAUACUGUGGUUUCUGAACUAUGAAAUGAAGCUCAGACUCAUGAUCUUCAUCUCCUUUUGUGGACUCAAAGUGAAGGACAUGGAGAACACUUCAAGGGCAGUGUUACCAAAGUUUUACUUGGAGAACCUUAAUCUUGAGGCCUAUGAGGUAGUUGCUUCAGUAGGGUCCAGGGUUUUCUUCUCCACUAUGCCUAGAGUGAUGGUGGAAGGAUUUCUGAAGGAGUAUUUGAAUGCUGAUGCUGUUAUAGCCACAGAGUUGCAUACUUCUGGUUCUUAUUUCACUGGUUUUCUCUCUAAGUCUGGUUUUCUUGUGAAGCACAGUGCCCUUAAGGAUUAUUUUGGCGAUACAAAACCUGACCUUGGCAUUGGUAACACAAGCCUUCAUGAUCAACUUUUUAUUUCUCUAUGCAAGGAGGCUUAUGUGGUGAUGAAUGAGGGAAAAGUGAUGCCAAGGAACAAGUAUCCAAAGCCCUUAGUAUUUCAUGAUGGAAGACUUGCAUUCUUGCCUACUCCUUCAGCAACUCUGUGUAUGUUCAUGUGGCUUCCAAUUGGACUUGUGAUGGCCAUUUACAGAAUAUUUCUGGGUGUGUUCCUUUGUUACAAAUUCACAUUGGCAUUAGGAAUGUGGUGUGGGUUGAAACUGGAUUUCAAAGACAAUAACCAGAAAAAAUCAGAGUCAGAUAAAGGGGUGCUUUAUGUUUGCACUCACAGGACUCUCUUGGAUCCAAUUUUUCUGAGCUCAGGUUUGGGGAGGCCUUUGACAGCAGUGACAUACAGCUUAAGCAAGGUGUCUGAGUGUAUAGCCCCUAUUAGGACCAUAAGACUGACAAGGGACAGAAAAGAAGAUGGAGAAACUAUGAAAAGGUUGCUUGGUGAAGGGGAUUUGGUGGUGUUUCCUGAAGGAACAACUUGUAGGGAGCCCUAUCUGUUAAGGUUCAGUUCCUUGUUUGCAGAACUGGCUGAUGAGAUUGUGCCUGUGGCUGUGAAUGUUCAUCUGAGCAUGUUCUAUGGGACCACAGCAAGUGGCCUGAAGGUGUUUGAUCCAUUUUUCUUUUUCAUGAACCCUAGCCCUAAAUAUGACAUUGAGAUCCUUGAAAAGGUUCCUAGAGAACUCACUUGUGCUGGGGGAAGGUCAAGUCAUGAAGUGGCAAAUCACAUACAGAAACAGUUGGGCUAUGCUUUGGGAUUUGAGUGCACCAACCUUACAAGGAGGGAUAAAUAUAUAAUGCUGGCUGGAAACGAAGGGGUUGUUCAAGAAAACAAGGGGAGAAGAAUCUGAUAAUAUGGAAAAUUGUUCAAAGCAAUGACAAAUGU